AUGGGCUCGGAGCAGCGCAGUGUGUUCACAGUGGGCAGCAGCGUGUGGGUGCCGGACGAGGAGGACGCAUGGGCGGAGGGCGACGUGGUGGGCGUCAAGGAUGGCGCAGGCGCGGGGGCUGCGGGCGGGCAGGUGGUGGUGCGCACUAUAGGGAAGAAGAAGCGCGAGGUGACGGUAGCAGCGGGCGCGUGCUAUGCGAGGGAGGAGGAUGGGGGAAUCAUGGACGAUAUGGUCAAGAUGGCCUACCUGCACGAGCCAGGGGUGCUCUGCAACCUCAUGCUGCGCUACCAGCGCAACCUUAUUUAUACGUACACGGGCAGCAUUCUGAUCGCAGCGAACCCGUUUAUGCGCAUACCAGGCAUCUACGACCGGGAGAUGAGGGAGGCGUACAGAGGGGCACAGAUCGGUGACCUCAGCCCGCAUGUGUUUGCCAUUGCUGAUAACGCAUACAGGGCGAUGGUGGACGAUAAGCGCAGCCAGUCGAUUCUAAUCAGCGGGGAGAGCGGAGCUGGCAAGACAGAGACCACGAAGCUGGUGAUGGAGUACCUGGCUUCAGUGGGUGGCCGGUCUGAGGCCACUGAGGGGCGCAGCAUUGAGAGCCAAGUGCUGGAGUCAAACCCUCUCCUGGAGGCCUUUGGAAACGCCAAGACGGUGCGCAACGACAACUCGAGCCGCUUUGGCAAGUUCAUCGAGAUCCAGUUCGACCAGCGCGGCCGCGUGUCCGGUGCUGCCAUCCGCUCCUACCUUCUAGAGCGGUCCAGAGUGGUGCAGAUAGCAGACCCCGAGCGCAAUUACCACUGCUUCUACCAGCUGUGUGCUGGCGCAUCUCCUGAGGAGGCAGAGAAAUACCGGCUUCCCCCGGGGCCGAACAGAGCAGAGAAGUUUCACUACCUGAAGCAGAGCAAGUGCAUCGAGCUGGAGGGGAAGCGCAGCAAUGCGGAGGAGUAUGUUAUCACACGGAAUGCCAUGGACGUUAUUGGGAUCUCCCAGGACGAACAGGCAUCAAUAUUCGGCAUAGUGGCGGCCAUUCUGCAUCUGGGAAACGUGGAGUUCAAGGAGAAGGGCGACAAGAUGCGCAUCGCCAAGCACUCGGAAGAGAACCUCGAGAACGUCGCUCACCUGCUCUCGUGCGACAAGAAGAAGCUUCAGGAGUCACUAUGCACGAUGAAGCGCAAGGUGGGAGGCGAGGUGAUCAAGAGCUAUUUGGAUGAGAAGGGGGCUGUGGUGCGCCGAGACACGCUCGCUAAAACGCUCUACUCCAAGCUCUUUGACUGGAUAGUGGAGAAGGUGAAUCGGUCCAUCGGCCAGGAUGCCAACUCCAUGGCCCUCAUUGGCGUGCUUGAUAUCUAUGGCUUCGAGCACUUCAAACUCAACAGCUUCGAGCAAUUCUGUAUCAACCUGGCAAAUGAGAAGCUUCAGCAGCAUUUUAACCAGCACGUGUUGAAGCUAGAGCAGGAGGAGUACGAACGGGAGGAGAUCAAUUGGAGCUACAUCAACUUUCGAGACAACCAGGACGUGCUGGACCUCGUGGAAGGGGACAAGGGCAUUCUCACACUGCUCGAUUCAGCUUGCAAGCUAGCCCAGUCAACUCCCGAGUCCUUCACCAUGUCGCUCUACGACGCCUUUCUCAAGCACGAGCGAUUCACCAAGUCCAAGGGCUCUGUCACUGACUUCACACUGGAGCACUACGCGGGGCGAGUCAAGUACAGCACCACCGAUUUCAUCAGCAAGAACCUCGACGCCGUGGCCUCAGAGCAUGAGGCGCUGCUGCAGAAGUCCACCGACCCGUUUGUGGCCGCGCUGUUCCCCGUUGCGCCCGAGGAGGUGAAGGAGGGCGGGGGCAAGGGCGGCAAGGCCACCACCAAGUUUGCAUCCCUCGGGAAGUCGUUCAAGCUACAACUGGCGCAGCUGAUGGAGACGCUGAACCGCACAGAACCGCACUACAUCCGGUGCAUCAAGCCCAACUCGAAGAGCCGACCGGCGCUGUUUGAGAAGAGCAUGGUGGUGGAGCAGCUGCGAUCGGGGGGAGUGCUGGAGGCCAUUCGCAUGUGCUCUGCGGGCUACCCCACUCGGCGCCUCUUUGACGACUUCAUUGACAGAUUCUCGCUGCUCGUGCCCUCGCUCUUUGACAAGGAAAUGUCAGACCCUGAGUACGUCGAGGUCAUCCUGCGCCAUGCCAAGCUGGAGAAUUACCAGAUCGGCAAGUCGAAAAUAUUUCUACGUGCAGGGCAGAUGGCCCUGAUGGAGACGUGCCGUCUGGAGAUCAUGAACGCUGCAGCGGCCCGCAUUCAGCGUGCCACGCGCCGCUUCCUCUUCCGCCUGCACCGCGCCCGCGCCGCCCUCUGCAUCCAGAAGCUUUGGCGCGCCUACACGGCCCGUGUAUUCGUGCACCACCUGCGGCAGCGCCUGGCAGCAACGUGCAUCCAGAGGAUGGAGCGAGGCCGGCAGCAGCGGAUGCGCUUCCUUGUGCUGCGACGGGCAGCAAUCACCAUCCAAGCCAAGUACCGCAUGCACCUCUACCGCAUGCGAUACCUGCACAUGCGCGACAACCUCGCUGCCACCCACAUUCAGUGUCACUGGCGGGGCUAUGUGGUGCGCAAGCCCUGGAAGGCCAUGCGGCAACACUUCUUUGCACGGCUGGCGAGGCUUCGGUAUAAGAACCUCAAGCUGGAGGCGACUCGCAUUGCUGAGCUGGCGCCGCCGCGCAAGAAGACAGAGGUGGCGAUGGAUACGAUCCGCAUGAUGGUGCUGCGCGUGCAACGGGACAAGGCGGAGAAGGGGCGGCAGGUCCUGGAGCGCCAGCUGGCGGAGGCAAGAGAGGAGGUGGAGCGGCGGGGUAGGGAGAUUGCAGCACAAGGCAGGGAGAUAGCCCGGCUGCAAGAGAUGCUAGAUGCAGAGCAGGCGAGGGCAGAGGCUGCAGAGGCAGAGGUGAGGGAAAUGGUGGCGGAGAGGGAGGAGCAGCGGGAGGAGCAGCAGCAGCACUUGGUGAAAAUGAAGGAGCUGUCUGUGUUGCCGGAUGUGCUCAGCCAUACGCCCACUGCUGCUGGUGCAGGUGCUGGUGGUGGUGGUGGUGGGUUUGGUGAUGGUGCUGCUGCUAGGGAUGAGGCUAGGCUGUUGGCAAAUGCGGCAGCUGCAGCAGUGGCGGCUGUUGACGGGGCGGUGGGAGCAACUGAAGCAGCAGGAGCUACUGCAGGUUUUAGAGACGAGGCAGGAGGGGCUGAAGCUACUGCUGCAGCAGACGCAGACGAAGCAGCAGCAGCAGCAGCAGCAGCAGCAGCAGCAGACGAAGCAGUGCCAGCUGCAACGUCAACAGCACCAGCUCCAGCAACAUCACCGGUGGCAGGACGAGUGGCAGAGGCUGCAGUGAUGCACACGGGUCCUGUGCUGUGUGCUCGGUGCGGGGGUAGAGUGGAGGCAUCAGGAGGCAUUCCCGUUUCACCUUCUUCCCUCCGCUCCCUCGCCUCUCCCUCCUCCCGACGACCUCCCGUCCCCUCAGAGGACGGUGACUUAGACCACGAGGGCGGGGCAGCAGCAGCCGAGCAGGACAGAGGGCCCCUGAGUGCUGACCGCGAACCUCUGAGUUCAGAAAGGCCCAGGAGAAUGUCGGCUGGCGCGGGAGGGGGUGGAGCGGGAGGGAAGGAGUUUGGGCGGUACGGGAGUAGCUCGUUCCGAGGCUCGCCAGCGAGGGAGUUUGAAGGGGGAGCGCGGGUGGGGCGAGGGGAGGAGGGGUCGUGGAGUGGGAGGAAGCUGGGUGGAGUGGGGUCGAGAUCGGCUAGGAGUGUGGCAAGUGAGGCGUCGCCGCGGGGAGGGGUGGGGAUGGGGAUGGGGACUCCGCCCAUGCCUGGGGGGAGUGGGGCGGGGACGCCGCGGGGGAAGAGUUUGACGUUUUCGGCGAGCAACUUUGAUAAGAUUCUUGCGAGCAUGCAGCGCGAAGUGGAGAUUGCACAGAAGAUGCGCGAGGAGAACAACUGGCUGCGGGCAGCGUACAAAGAGGCAGUGCACAAGGCAGAGGUGGCAGCAGCACUGGCGGGGGCGGAGAGGGCGAGAGCAGAGGAGGCGGAGAGGAAUGUGGCAGCGAGGGAGGAGGAGAUGCGGGAGGCCCUGGCACGAUGCCAUGAGCUGCAGGAGAAGCUGCUCGGGAAAUCGCGCGAGGUGCGCACGUUGAGUCAGAGGUUGAUCGCCUUCCAGGCCAGCAUGGCCAACGCCAAUCCCGCCAUGCCAAUCGACAAGCAGCAGGAGGUGCUACUGAACGAGAUAGCAGUGAGCCGCUUCCCCUUCGGUCCACAAGGCCAGCCGGUGGCAGCAUGUGUGGUGUACCGGUCGCUGCUGCACUGGCGUGUGUUCCAGGCGGAGAAGACCAACGCGUUUGACCGCAUCAUCGAGACCUUCCAGAUGGUCUCGCGCUCCGAUGACAUGAGCACGCUCAGCUACUGGCUCAGCAACCACGUGGUGCUGCUGUACCUCGUGCAGGUGGUGUACAAGGCGCCAGCAGAAAAGCCCAAGCUGGAGCGCGUCACCACGUUUGGCUUCUUUGGCGCUCGUCCCCCCACUCCGCCUCGUCCCAGUGCGACGAUGCAGCAGGUGGAUCUGAUGCUGUUCAAGCAGCAGCUGGCGACCGGCAUCGAGCGGCUGUAUGUGACCAUCCGCGACAGCGCCAAGACGGAGCUCGCCGUCCACUUCAACCCACAGGCACGAGGAGCAGAGGUGGAAGCAGGCGAGGGAGCAGAAGCUGGGGAGAACGGGGGGAAAGGGGCGGGCAUCCCCCCUGCAGGGGCGAGGGGGAGGGGCCGGGGAGGGCGGGCACUGCAGCGCAACGCGGCGACAGCGGUGCGGAAACACAUCAUGUCGUCGUGGACCAACGUGGUGAUCACGCUGCGCCACAUCAUCGGGAACCUCGUGGCCAAUCACGUGCCAGCAGCGCUGAUGGACGCUCUGAUUCGCCAGCUGCUGUUCUUUGUCAACAUGAAGAUAUUUAACAGCCUCAUGGUGCGAGCGCAGUGGUGCCCGUGCACGUACAGCAAUGGCGAGAUGAUGGAGGAGGGGCUGAGCCGUCUGGAGCAGUGGGUGCAUGACGUGGAGGUGCAACUGAGGGAGGUGCUGGGUGGGGAGAGGGAACCCUUGAGGAAGGAGCUACGGCACCUGCAGCAGACGAUUCUCUUCCUGACCCUGGACCACAAGCCACGUAGGACACUGGAGGAAUUACGCAUGCUGUGUCCCGAUUUGAGCAUGAACCAGCUGGUGCACAUGUGCAUCUGGUACGAGGACGACAAGUACGGCACCAAGGGCGUGGAUCCGAGUGUGAUCGAGCAGAUGUGGAGCGAGAUGGUCGACGACAGCCCCAUGCUGCUGCGCGACGGUGAAGGCAUCCCCUUCACAACGGACGAGAUCGUACACAGCCUACCCGAGAUAAACCUGGACGAGGUAGAGCCUCCCCCCGAUCUCCAAGACGACCCCACCUUCCACUUCCUCCUCCCCCUCAGCUCCAUCCCCUCCGUCCCCUCAACCCCCACUGCCGCCUCGCACACUCCCCGCAACGCCUCCCCGCACCUCCCUCCCCCUUCUGUACCGUCAUCCAUCCCCCGAUCGGCAUCUCUCUCUCACGCACACUCUCGGCCCGGCACCGCUCCUGCGCCCCACCCCAUGGGGGGUACCCCUAGGGGGACUGGGGUGUCGUCUGUUACAAACUGUGAGGUGUUUCUUGUAAGACUUGCAUGUGCUGGUGGUGGUGCUAUGAACUAUUCCUCCUACCGUAUUUCUCUUGCAAGCCCGGAGACGUUAUUCAAUGUCGAGAGUGCGGCUACCGAAUACUCUACAAAAAGAGAACUCGACGCAUUGUGCAAUUUGAGGCUAGGUGACCCCUCGUGUUGCGUCCUAUCGUGUCCCCUUCAGCUCGUGAGUGCACUCUGGCACUCUGCUUUUCUGCUGGUCUAG